UUUGCUCCUGGGACGAGGUCUACACCUGGAGGAAGAUCCUCAACAGCGGAACGUCGUAGCAACAGGCAAAACCUCGAAAGUCGAAGCUGCCACAGAGAUAAAAGCAUCGAAAGCUGCGGCGAUAGAUGCAAAAAGCAACUCCUCCUCGGAAGACGCUGCGGAAGUGCAAAAAGGUAGGACCGAAAUGAGCAAGAAUGCUACUUCUACCGGUGCCACAAAGACCAUAAAGAACUCGACUCUGCU